GUCCAUGAUCACAACAACUGUAUUUUCAGGCGUGCUGAGCGUGCUCUAUAUGUGGCCACGGUGCUCACAAUUAUUUUCAUCAUUGCCGAAGUUGUUGGUGGAUUCUUGGCGAACAGUUUGGCCAUAAUGACUGAUGCCGGUCACAUGCUAUCGGAUCUGACCAGUUUCGUCAUUUCGAUCAUUGCAAUUAAAAUGGCACGAAUGAAGCCUACAAAACGUCUGUCGUUCGGUUUUCAUCGUGCCGAAGUGCUCGGUGCUGUUAUUAGUGUUCUGAUCAUUUGGAUACUCACAGUCGUCCUCGUUUAUUUGGCCAUCGUUCGAAUGGUGCACAAAAACUUUGAAGUUGACGCAAAUGUGAUGUUAGUUACGGCGAGUAUUGGUGUAGCAUUUAAUAUCAUCAUGGGUGCGGUGCUGCAUUUUGGUAAAGCUGAACACUCACAUUUUGGACAGUCACAUUCUCAUGAUAGCGAUCAGGUUUGCCUUCUCAAUCCUGACUGA